ACUCCGCUCAGCUGGCAAAGGAAAAUGGGAAGUCACAACAGGAAACAGAAACAACUGGCCCGUGCAUAAUUAACACGUUCAGUGCCUGCCCUCUGCUUGAGCCAUUGCUCAGGAAACGACCUGGCGGUGCCCAAACUAGCGAAGAGUUAAAACACGGGGUGGGAAUGUUCAUUCCGUUUGAACACUAGCAAUGGACCCCAAGUGGGAUCUCAAAUCCAAACCCCUUCAAGACAAGGGGCUCAUAUUCAUCACUCCACCCAUUUACUUAUUACAGGGUGCUAGAGGACACAGCAGCGUCUGGGCCCCAUUGUGCUAGGCACUGGUAAUUGGUGGUCUCUGCCCCACAGAACUUGCCGUCUAAGAAGCCGAGACAGACAAGGGGCAGGAAAAGGAAGGUGCUGUUAUCCCCCCUGCACCGCUGGAGACAGAAGCACAGAGUUAGUAAGCGAUUUGCUUAAGGUCCCACGAGGUGACUCCGUAGCAGAUAUGGUGAAAGAACCCAGCUUACCUGUGCCGUAAGCACAAGGCUUUCCUGGCUCGCUGAUCCAGUGUGAGUUCUGCAUUGGAUCCAAAACCAGAAAAGCCCGUUUCAUGGCUCAGGUUUGGCUCUCCAGAGAAAAGCUGAUCUCAUAAGAUCUCCACCAUCAAACCCAACCCCAGCCUAGACCUAAUCCAGAUCCAACCGCACCUCCUUGGCCCAUUGACAUGGUUCAGGUGCUGUGAGUGGCCAAGUGACUUCUGCCCACUCAGAUGAGCAUCGAAGGGGCCUGUCAGAUUAACAGCCCUGUUCAGAGAAUAGCUCCAGAACAAGGGGUCUCAGGGAGUGGCUUUUAAUCUCUUCCGACAGUGUUUCUGAACAUGCCACGGCUGGUAAAUUCUCUGGUUUGAUUUUGAGGGGGGCGGGAUGGAGAUUUCCUUGACUUCCCAAAGAGUAGCACUCUGCCAAGGCCCUCUCUCCCCCUUUAAAUACCCCAGCAGCAUUAGCGUGGGUGCUGUAUUUCAUGGGGGUCAGAGGGCUGGACUACAUGAGGCUUCAUGGGAGAACAUGGGUCACUAGCCGCUUUGCUGUGAGAAGUAAAAUUAAUAGUAGGGAAAAAACAGUUUCACCUGCACAGAUUCAAAACAGGAAAUGUCACUAACGCAAUCCACUUCCUUCUGCAUCAGGGGAUGGUCUGAUCCUUAACUCUGAAUUCUCAGUAUCUCUUGAGCCAAUGGGGAGCUGGCAAAGGCUGCGGUGUUGAAGGGUCUCCCCACUGCUAUCGUGAUGGCUUUCUUGACUCAUACGUCUGGAUUGUCUCGGCCAUGCCUGGUGCUGCUGCUUCUCCUGGAAAUCCCCGGGGCCGGGGCCCAGGAGUUCCAGCUGCUGCAGCCCCAGGGCGCCGUGUUGGUGUCACCGGGAGAGACUCUCACACUGAUCUGCUCUGUGACUGGGCUCGUUCCAGUGGGACCCAUGAAGUGGUUCAAGGGCUCGGGCAGUGGCCGCCAGCUCGUUUAUGCAGAGGUGGGAUCACUCCCCCGGGUGACGCGGGCUGUGAGCGGCUCUUACACAGACUUCACCAUCCGCAUCAGUGACACCCGCCCCGAGGACGCCGGGAUCUAUCGCUGUGUGAAGUUUAUGAAGGGGUCGGGACCCGAUGAGGAGAUCAGAUCCGGCGCUGGCACCGUCGUGUCUGUGAGCGGUAGGUGGCCCUUAGCCAUCCCUGCUCUCUGGAUCGGGCUCUUCCUGGAGAAGGUGCUGAUUGCCGCCUUCCUCCUCUUCUCCUUCCUCUCCACGAUGAGCAAAGGCCUGGGGGCCGUUUCCUGGUUUUCUCGCACCGUCGCCGCCUGCCAACAUCUCUGUCUGUGCCUCUGUCCCUGCCGGCCAGGAAACGAGUCCACGGAUGCACCUGCAGUGAGCCCUGCUGGUCGGGCAGAGGGAGCUCAGGCCUGAUGGGAUGUACCCACCAAACUCACCCACCUCCUGAUGGAGCAGCUGACAGGGAAUUCCUGGCUUGGCUUCUGGCCCCUCCGCCCGUCUCUCGGCGCUAUCCGCACUGACCUUCACUUCAGGGAGCAGAGCUCAAAUAUGACAAAUUGAAUUAUUGAUUUUAUUCCUUUCAGAUGGGGUGAAAUGCAAUUUACUCCUGUGUAACACACCGUGCGGCUGUGACCCGGUGGCCCCACAGCAGCGCCCCUGAGUCCUGCGGGUUCGACCCUGACGCUCAGACUCUUGCUCCCUGGGCUGGCAGGAGCUGGGCGUUUUGCAGAUGUGACAUUGUGAGCUGAAUGGAAAGAACUAGUCACGUGCUGUCACCGCUGGGUCUGCCCUGACCAAUCACGGGAGCACCCUGGAGAGGGGGGUUUUAAACCAUAUCGUUCUCCGGGAAGAGGCCAUUGGGCCUGACUGUGUGGAUCACAACACACAUGUAAUAAAUGGAAGCCUCCCCGCCCCCAUUAAUCACCCGCCUCUCUGCUCCGGGCAACCUCUGAAGAACAAACUCACUGCGCACAACUCCCUGGCCCCCUGGGCUGAUGCGAGCAGGGAGCCUCCUGCCUUCGUGAGCGCGCAGCGGGGAAUUCGGGAAUCACUUCCCUUUGAAAAUAAACCACAUCAAAGAGGGCUGCACUUACCAGGACAGGCCGAGUCCUUGGGCUGACCUACCACAGAGUCAGGGCUAAUUGUCCCAUGUAGUCAGUCAAGGACAAAAUCAAGCAUUCUCUAUGGGCAUAGGCUGGGGGGACUUGGACUGAGCAUUUCCUAGUGUUUUGAGAGCUGGGUUUGAUGCCCACAGUCCUGAAAGCCCUGGGGAGCUGGCGGUCCCUCUGCAGCAGCAACCUUAACUCCCCCUGAGUGAGGUGUCUGUAAGUGACGAGCUAAUGCAAUGGCUGAUCAGUGUGUUGCUGUCUGUAUUGCUUAUAAAGGGCCCCUGCUGUGCUGCAGGCUACUUGACUAACUGGUGUGGAACUGGGGGCA